AUGGUUGAUUGUCAUACCACUACCGCAGAGGAUGUUCAGAUCAAAAGAGUCCAAGUCACCGAUCUAGAGAACGCUGCAUAUCUCCCCAGAGGUAGGUGUAUCAAGGGUAUGCUACCCGGCAAUGAUAACUGGCGCAGUCCAGAGGCACACUUCAAAGGCGAACUUAACAAACUCACAGACCUUUUCUCAUUUGGUGUUGUGUGCAUCCAUGCGAUUCUCGGUUGUGUGAUAUUUGGACCCGACAAAGAUGGGGUGCAUUGCCUGCUUUUAUCCGCCUCCAACGUCAAGUUUUCGUAUUUUGGUGAUCAAGCAGGCAUUGAUGGCCUAUUGAGGCAUAUUUCUAAUGAUCAGAUUGGCGCCGAGGUCUUGCAGAUGCUCUGGGAAGAUAGAAAUGAGGAUAACAUCCCGUACAUCAAAUUCUCUGAGUGGCCGGAUGUUUGCGAUGCCGCGUUCAAAGAUCUCAUUCGGGGGUUGACCUGCCUAGAUCCCAUCGGACGAAUCACAGCACACCAGGCGUUACAGCAUGAAUGGUUUGCAGAUGUUGAGUGA